CACUGAGAAAUACUUUUCUCGCCGUUCUUACAAAUAAAUAAAAAUAAAUGAACACACUUUUUUGAAAAAAAAAAAAAACCAAACAAAAGUGAUCUUUGAUUUAAAUAAAGUAAUUUGCAACUUGAGUUGAAAGAGUAAAGCGACCAAAGAGCUGGAUGCAGUAUACCCGGAAUCUUAAAUAAAACGACAAUUCAUCUGUGUCUUACUCUCUCACUCCCUCUUUCGCGUACUCUGUUUUUAGAGAGAGGAAGAGAGACUGGUGAGUGAAAGAUAGAGAGGAUUCGGCCGUGAGGAUGGUUUGGGACACAACAAGAGGCAAAUGGGUCUCACUGUGUAUGCUUCUGGUUCUGGUUUCUCAUUCAGCUGCUGAUGUACUAGCAGAAGACGGUCUACUGAUCAACGGUGAUUUCGAGACACCACCUACAGGCGGUUUUCCAAACGAUGGUCUUGGAGAUGGGCCCACCACAAUCCCCAGCUGGAAAUUAAACGGCACCGUAGAAUUAAUCGCAUCUGGGCAAAAACAAGGUGCGAUGUUCCUCAUCGUACCACAAGGUACACACGCAGUGCGACUCGGCAACGACGCCGAGAUCAGCCAACAAAUCAAGCUGGAGAAGGGCUCGCUCUACUCCGUCACGUUCAGUGCCGCCCGCACGUGCGCUCAGCUCGAGUCACUCAACGUGUCGGUCCCACCGGCAUCACAGACCAUUGAUUUGCAGACCCUGUACAACGUGCACGGCUGGGAUACGUACACGUUUGCGUUUCUGGCGGAGGAGGAUGAUGCGCCGGUGGUGUUUAAGAACCCCGGGAUGGAGGAUGACCCCACGUGUGGACCCAUCAUUGAUGACGUUGCAAUCAAGAAGCUCUUCACUCCUGAUAAACCCAAAGAUAAUGCGGUACUCAACGGUGAUUUUGAGGAAGGCCCAUGGAUGUUCAGAAAUGCCUCUCUAGGCGUAUUACUCCCCACUAACCUCGAUGAAGAAACAUCCUCGUUGCCCGGUUGGAUUGUUGAAUCAAACAGGGCCGUCCGUUACGUUGACUCGUACCAUUUCACAGUUCCAGAAGGCAAACGUGCCAUCGAAUUGCUCUCCGGCAAAGAAGGCAUAAUCUCCCAAAUGGUUGCGACCACGCCAAACAAGCCAUACAGACUGACCUUCUCUUUGGGACAUGCCGGGGACUCGUGUAAGCAACCACUAGCAGUUAUGGCCUAUGCUGGAGAUCAAGCCCAGAGCAUCCAUUACACGCCCAAUGCUAAUGCCACCUUCCAGACUGCUGCUCUGAACUUCACUGCCAAGGCUGAGAGGACACGCGUUGCGUUCUGCAGCGUGUAUUACAAUACGAGAAGCGAUGAUCAGAGCUCUCUGUGCGGGCCGGUGGUGGAUGAUGUGAGGGUAGCUGUGUCAGGAUGUGAUAGGAAGAGGGUUGGAGAGUUGCUGUUGACAUUGGGCUUGGGGAUUGGAUUGUUUGUUUUGGUUUUGCUUUAGUUUGAAGGGUUUGUUUGGUUGGCAAAGCUCUAUGUGUUAUGUUGUAUGGUUUGGCAUGCAAGUGUUGGUAAAUCAUAUUCCCAUGUCUGUUUUUAUA